AUUGUUGCAGCAGGUGUUGAUCCUAAGCAACAAACUUUUCUAUUUUGUUCAAAGGCAACGCGUAGGAAAAUGAAGAGCCUAAUGCAAAGCUCAAGGCACGUGCAUCUUCUUGUCAUAAAUUCAGUGAUGCCAGGAUCAAUCAAUGGACAAAGAUUGAUGGAAGAAAGGAUUGAGAUUUCACAGCCUGGUCUCGACCAUGGUAACUCCAAGGUGCAUCAUCACAUUACCGUGCGACACCAUAGAUCAACAGUGCACAUGUCAGCAGAAAUGAAAAGAACAUACUAUAGGUUCAAAGGUGGUGGGCCUGGAACAUGCGACGACAACAGUACCACUCCCCUGUGCAGAAG